AUGCUGAUGCAGGAGUCGGAGCUGAUAGUCAGGAGGAUUCGCGAUGGUACCGUGAUCGAUCACAUAGAUGCGGGCAGGGGCCUUCAGGUACUGGACGCGCUGGGCGUUGACGGCCUGGACGGCAGCCUGAUCACCGUUGCGCUCAACGUGCCCAGCGGGAAGUUCAAAAAGAAGGACAUCAUAAAGGUCGAGAACAUGUUUCUCCAGGGCGACGACACCAACAAGCUUGCGAUAAUCGCGCCCUCGGCCACGGUCAACAUCAUCAAGAACUACAAGCUUGUGGAGAAGCGCAGGGUAUCGCUGCCAAACGAGAUAGGCCGCAUAUUCCGGUGCUCGAACCCUGGCUGCAUCACAAACAGCCGGGAGCACAUCGAGUCCGUGAUGGAUGUGGUGGACAGGGAGGGUGUGAUCCUCAAGUGCAGGUACUGCCGACGCACGCUGGACGUAAGCCAGCUGGAAUAUAAUUAA